AUGAAUAACUCUGCAUCCUUCCGUUGUGACGCUUCAGCGGACUCCGCUUUCGGUCCCGCUGUCGAAGGUUGUCGCGGCAACUUUGACUUCACCCUCGCUUUUGAGCAGUAUUUCUUUUCUAUCGCGCCAUCCGCCGCGUUUCUUCUCAUUGCGCCCGUGCGAAUCCAUUAUCUUAGCUCGAAGCAGAGCAGAACUGCUAUUGGCAUAUUUGCCUCUUUACAAUUGGCUACUGUGGUGAUAUGGGCGAUACAAAGCCAUUCCGAACUCCGAGUCGCAUCGUCUGUGGCGGCUAGUCUCUCCUUCGUUGCCAGCUUAUUCUUGUGCAGAUUGUCUUACUUGGAACACUCUAGAUCACUUCGUCCUUCUAUCCUUCUCAACGCCUAUCUGUUCAUCACCAUGCUUUUGGAUGCAGCCAUGCUACGAACUUUGUGGCUAAUGUCUACAAGCCGGCUCUCUCGCGAUAUCUUUACCACGUCAUUCGCAUUGAAAGGCGUGAUAGUCUUCCUAGAAGCCAAGGAAAAGCGCCAUUAUCUUCUCUCUGGUGGGAACGGGAGUCCUGAAGAUACUAGUGGGCUGUACAGCCAGACUUUUCUCUGGUGGCUCAACUCGAUUAUCAAGCAGGGCUUCAGUCAUAUUCUCAAGCCAACCGAUCUCUACCCAAUGGACGAGUCCUUAUCAUCGGAGACUCUAAAUAAUAAUUUCUGGCAAGAAUGGCACAGGCGUAUGUCAUGA